AAAGCAUUUAGAAUUUGAACGCAUACACUGACUAAACUUUGACCCUCCCGAUUCGGGCCAUUUUCCAAACCCUAGCCACGCUCGCUUUCACCGCCAUCAUCCUCCACCUUCCGGAACUUCAAUCUCUCUCUCUCACUCACACCGUUCGCAUCAACCCUAAUUUCUCCUUCAGUGGAUCCUCCUAAGGCCAGAUCGAGGUAAACCCUACUCGAUUCGGUGUCAGAUUCAGCGUAUUUGGCUCUUUUUAUCAAUUUUGGGAGUGCAAAUCCAGUGUUUGUAGUGUUUUGCGCAAUUUAUAAAUUUAGACACUUGAAUUUUGUUGUGUAUGGCUCCUUCUUGGUUGAAUGGUUAAGAUCAAUAGGUAAAGUUAAGAUCGUUUCAUCUGGGUGUGGAAGAUUUUCUUUUGAUUGUUUAUUUAUUCGCACGUUUUGUUUGACUGGUUGAUAAGGUUUGGAUAGUGAUGUCUGUGAACAAUAGUAACACUUCUAAGGGCAUUGGGGUCUCUUCUUCCUUUGGAAAUGCUGGAGUACCCUCCACUUCUAUACCUGGAAACCCUGGGUUUUCACAGUCUCAAGCUCAAGCCCAGCUUGCUGCUAGUUUCCAAGGGCAGUUUCCACUGUCCCAAGCCCAUGCUAUUGUCCAAGCACAGUCUAAGGCUCAGGCCCAGGCGCAGGCUCAGGCCCAAGCAGCCGCUGCAGCCCAUGCUCAGCUCCAGGCUCAUUUGCAAGCUCAAGGAUUGGGACAGGUUGGUGGUUUAGGGAAUUUGGGAGUUUCAUCGGGGUCAGUCACGGCACCUGGGAAUGCAAGUGGAAAGAGGCCCCCUUUUAAACCCCCUAUGCGCCCUGGUGGAUUUUCUCCUCCGAACAACUUCUCGCCAUUGAGGCCGAUGGAACUCACGCCUGCUGCGCGGAGGAAGAAGCAGAAGCUCCCUGAGAAACAGCUGCAGGAAAAAGUGGCUGCUAUCCUUCCUGAGUCAGCUCUGUACACCCAGCUUCUUGAGUUUGAGUCUCGUGUGGAUGCUGCACUUUCUAGAAAAAAGGUUGACAUCCAGGAAGCGCUAAAGAAUCCGCCUUGUAUUCAGAAAACUCUGCGCAUAUAUGUAUUUAACACUUUCGCGAAUCAAAUCCGCACUAUUCCUAAGAAGCCAAAUGCUGAGCCUCCGACGUGGACGCUGAAGAUAGUUGGGAGAAUAUUGGAAGAUGGUGUGGACCCUGAUCAGCCAGGAAUAGUUCAGAAGUCAUCUCCACUGUAUCCAAAGUUCUCAGCUUUCUUCAAAAGAGUAACCAUUUCUUUGGAUCAGAGACUUUAUCCUGAUAAUCACGUUAUUAUGUGGGAGAAUUCCCGAUCUCCUGCUCCUCAUGAAGGUUUUGAAGUGAAGAGGAAAGGGGAUAAAGAAUUUUCAGUGAGUAUACGGCUGGAAAUGAAUUAUUCACCUGAGAAGUUUAAGCUUUCACCGGUAUUAACAGAAGUUCUUGGCAUUGAGGUUGAUACUCGCCCAAGAAUUAUUGCUGCAAUCUGGCACUAUGUGAAGGCCCGGAAAUUGCAAAACCCAAAUGACCCUUCUUUUUUUCACUGUGACGAGCCUCUUCAGAAAGUAUUUGGGGAAGAAAAGAUGAAAUUUACAAUGGUUUCACAGAAAAUAUCACAUCAUUUGUUCGCUCCUCAGCCUAUACUUUUGGAACAUAAAAUCAAACUCUCUGGAAACAGUCCAGCUGGGACUGCUUGUUAUGAUGUGACAGUUGAUGUUCCUUUUCCUAUUCAGAGGGAGUUGUCUGCUUUAUUGGCUAAUGUGGAGAAAAACAAAGAGAUUGAAACAUGUGAUGAAGCGAUAUGUGGAAUCAUUAGAAAAAUCCAUGAGCACCGUAGGAGGCGGGCAUUCUUCCUUGGUUUCAGUCAAUCUCCAGUAGAAUUUAUUAAUGCCUUGAUUGAAUCUCAAAGCAGGGAUCUCAAGUUAGUAGCUGGAGAGCCUAGUCGCAAUGCUGAAAAAGAGCGUCGAUCAGAUUUUUUCAACCAACCAUGGGUUGAAGAUGCUGUUAUUCGAUAUUUAAAUCGCAAACCAGCUGCUGGAGGUGAUGCUCCCGGAAGCACAUGAGACCAAGAGUACUAUGGCUCCUUGAUUUAAUUAUUCAUCCCUUCUGGUGAUGCAUUUGAAGAUAUAGUGGGAAUUUCUGAAGUGGGCAUAGUAUAUCAGUCCUGCGAGCACAACUAGUUGCAGUACUGAUAAUAGCUUGUUAGGUGGAAAAUUGUACCUUAGUUUCAUGUUUCUCUUGUUGUAGUUUACAUUGGUGGAUUCUUUGGUUACUAUACAGUCCAUAUGUCCACGAAAUAUGCUUUGGCACUAUGAAAAUGUAUGAGGAAGGAUUUAUUGGUGUACAGUGUCUUCAGUUGUCUUGUGACCGAACAGAUGAAGAGAAAACAAUUGUUGCCUGCCAUAA